AGGAGGGGGAAGGGGCAGGCAGACAGGACAGAUCACAAGUUUCAAGACAACAGCUUCCAAACUUGUCAUCCCUCUGUGACACAAGACGUGCACAGCCCAGCGGAUAAAACCGCCACCGAGCCCACACGGGAGGCAGAGCUCGUUGAGCCCUGGUGGAGGCUCAGGCGAAGCCAUGGAAUCUGUUGUCCUCCAGCUGUGGGCUGUGCUCUCCGUCCAGGUUCACCUCGCAGCCUGCAGUCCCAUCCUSAGCUUGGAGCACACUUCCUUGGAGGAAGAUGGGCCUCUUUUUGACGAGAUCCUCUCCGAACAAAAUGGGGUUGAUAUCAACACACUGCUCCAGAACAUGAAAAAUGAGUUUUUGAAGACGUUGAACCUGUCUGAAAUCCCCCAGCAUGAGUCGGCCAAGAUGGACCCUCCUGAGUACAUGCUAGAGCUGUACAACAGGUUUGCCACGGACAGGACAUCGAUGCCUUCUGCAAAUAUCAUCAGGAGCUUCAAAAAUGAAGACUUGGAUUCCCACCCUAUUGGUGUGACAGGAACUCGGAAAUACCCACUCCUGUUCAAUGUUUCCAUCCCUCACCACGAGGAAAUCACCAUGGCAGAGCUGAGGCUCUACACCUUGGUGGAGCAGGACCAGAUGCUCUAUGAAGGGCUGGACCGGAAGGUCACCAUCUUUGAAGUGCUGGAAAACGUCCAUACSGGAUCUGGGGAAGAGAGGAAGAUGGUGGCCUUGGCCUCCAGGCACAUCUACGGCACGAGCAGCGAGUGGGAGAGUUUUGAGGUGACCGAGGCCAUCCGGCGCUGGCGCAGGGCAGGGCUGACCACGCACCGGCUGGAAGUUCACAUCGAGAGCAGGGAAGGGGAGGAGCAGAAUGGGGAAGGGAAACUCGACAUUGACAUCAACUCCGAGGCCAAGCACAUGCCCCUGUUGGUUGUGUACUCUGACGACCAAAGCAAUGACAAAAAGGAGGAGAAGGAAGAGCUGAAUGAGAUGAUUGACCACGAGCAGCUCCUGGAUCUGGAGAACCUGGAGGUUGGCAAUUUCCAUGACCAGCCUGGGGAGGAGGCGCUGCUCCAGAUGCGCUCCAACAUCAUUUACGACUCCACYGCCCGGAUCCGGAGGAACGCCAAAGGCAACUACUGCAAAAAGACUCCGCUCUACAUCGACUUCAARGAGAUUGGCUGGGAUUCCUGGAUCAUCGCUCCCGCUGGAUACGAAGCUUAUGAGUGCCACGGCGUGUGUGCCUACCCCUUGACAGAGCACGUCACACCAACCAAACACGCCAUAGUCAAGACUUUGGUUCACCUGAAGAACCCCCAGAAAGCCUCCAAGGCCUGCUGUGUGCCCACCAAACUCGACCCCAUCUCUAUUCUCUACUUGGAUGCRGGGGUGGUCACCUACAAGUUCAAGUAUGAGGGCAUGGUGGUGUCAGAGUGUGGCUGCAGAUAGUAGGAGGGAACGCACACACAGGGAGGGCACAGGGGAGUAUUUAAUGAUUCAGUCUGUAAAUUUGUACAUUUGGGAUUUGCUAUUUAAUGAGGUUAUUUAAUGAGGCCUGUACAGAUAAUUGUAUGUUUCCUGUCACGGGGAAUGGGCACACUGUGUGACCGCAGGGAUUGUAUAUUUUGUUCCAUUGCUUCCUUCUCUCUGCUCUUUGCUGUCCAGAUUGUAACCAAGUCUCUCAUCCAGUCAGGGCAUGGGAGCUGAUUACUGGAUUGUUUGGGAGGGCUCUUGGUGCCAAAAGGGCACAUCCAAAUUCAUGGAAAUAAAGGCAUAUUUUUCUACCUUAUCAAUGUUUAUUGGCAUCUCCAGGUCUUUCCACAGCUGUUAAAGAUAUGUGAGAGAUGGGCAA